AUGCGAGGCGCUUCUCCGUCGACCGACCGCGACGCCGGCCACUGCCAAACCUCCAAUCUUCCCCCCCCCCCCCCCCCCCCCCCCUCUCGUCCCCGUCGCCGUCAGCCGCCCGCCGCACUCGUUUCCAGCGAUCACCGCGCGAGACGCGCCGUGAAGAAUCUCCCGGGGGAUCCAUGACGGCGACGUUGAAUCAGUCACACUGAUUCCAUCCCAAUCAGAGGAGGCGCUCGCUGGUCGGUCUAUGCUGCUGUCGAUCGAAUUAAGCCCCAACUUCGUCGUCUUCCCUUCUUCAAUUCAUCAUCACUUCGGCUUGUGAAAUUAGAUCCAUGGAUCCGGAGACGGCGGCGUUCGUCGGGCGAGAUAUCGAUGCCGCCACCAAUGGUGGUGAGGUAGCUGAGGAGAGGAGGAGGAAGGUUGAGCUGGUGCAGGAAGCCAUCCGUGAGCUCCUGGAGGAGAAGAGGACGGGGGAGCGGCGGCGGCGGCAGGGUGGAGAUGGUGGUGGCGAGGAGGCUCGGCGAGAUCACGAGGAGGAAGAAGACGAUCUCCUUUCCUCGUUGCUCUCCAAGGUGGAUGCGCUGCAAAAUGAUGCCGCUUUGGAACAAGUGAAACCGAAUUGCUCCCAUCCUAAUCCUGAAAUCAGCAAGGAGGUCAAGCUAGGCGACGUAGCGAAAGACCUGAACAAAAUCAAGAGGCAGAACAUGAUCACCCACAUCCUACUCGGCACGGUCAUUGUCAUGACUGCCGUCUGGCAAUUCAACGAGGUGUCGUUCCUCCUCGCCGUGAAGAGAAAGCUUAGCAAUCCUUUCAAGUCCUUGGGGGACUUGAUCAAGAGUUCGCUGAAGGGGGGAGGGAAGCCGAUGAUCGAGGCGCCACCGCUGCCUCCAGUCGGCGUCCCGGAUGUUACCCGGAAUGAUUUGCCAUUGCUACUCAUCAGCAACGGCAAUGGCAACAAUGAUGACUGAGAAUUAGUGAGAUAGUUAUGCCCACAAAGGUAUGAAAGGGCAACUCCUCAAUGGAAAAUUGGAAAUGCUGUUUGUUGGUUUCUUUAUUUGUUGCAGACUUUUAUGUUGAUCUUGGUAUCAAGUGGAAAUGUGCACCUUUUUAAGGAUUGAAAGCAAGUGCACGUUUCUUCACUUGUUGUAAAGAUAUUUGAAUUUUUUGUUAUUAAGCAGUUAGUUUGUCAACUUUAAAUAGCUUAAUCAUCUCAGGCUCUCAGCCACAAUUGGUUGUCCUGUCCGGGACUGA